AAGGCCACACUCUUGAAUUUGACUCUCCCACACGCUCACAGACAAACUCACACAUACACACACACUCAUAGUGGAAUAUGACUUUUGAAACCUGGUGUUUUCAGAUAUUAAGGGAGAUUUGCAACUCAUCCAUCUUCUGCAAUGAUGGUCAGGAAAGGAGGAGUUUAGUCAUCAAAGAAGAGUUGACAGAGAAAGCCUCAGAGAGUGCCACUAUAUCACAAACUCCACCGAGCAGCCAAUCAGGAUUCACCUCAACUAAGUAGUGACCAUCUAGUCAACCAUCUGCCUUUAUCGUCAUCUACGUCUUUCGCUAGCAGUUUCUCAAAGACUUUCUGUCCAGUCAAAGGCUCUUAUUCUAUGACUGCUCAUGGCCACCCUUAGCAGCGAGCGCAACAUUCAGGCUAAGAUCCAGGAAUUUGAGAAACAGAUGACAACUGAUGAAAAUGGCAUCCCGUUCCCACGACCUCGGAACACCACACGGCCAGCUGUGGCACCGAAACCCUCGGUCACUCCAAGACUCUCCAUCAGAAACGCCACAGAAGAAGUCACAAACGCACAGACUUAUCCAUGGAAUCAAUAUGAGGAGGUUAUCAGUACAAACAGCACUCCAGUGUUUCCACCUCCAGCACUGAGACCACAAAUGCCCAAAAAACCCUCACUAAACUCUAUUGAUCAGUUUAAACCUCUGAUUAAACCUCCUCCUCAGCUGCCGUCUCGUCCCUCUCUGCGCAGAGGCAGAAAUAUAAACUCCCCGGAAGAGGAUGCUGGAUUCAGCACUCCUCCAUUUUCUCCACGUCCUGCAAAUAACGGCCCUCAGAACACAAGCAACCACAGCAGCACCAAGGAGAACGAAUACGUAGACGCUCCUGUUAGUUUCUCGAAUGUGGCUCGUGCAGCAGCUUUCACCAGUGCAGUAACUCGCAAACCGACCAUCAUCAAAGUUCCCAGCAAACAGGAACAGGAGGAAUCUGACUGGUUCUCUCCUGCAUUUCCUGUUCAAAGAGCUUUAGAAGACCCUCCACCUUUCAUCAAACACAAGGACUUGUUCAAUUGUGUGCGCGAUCCUGUUCUUCCUCCACGCCCUGGUGGGGGUAAAGUUUUGCCCAAUCGAACACCUUCUGCCAAACCUGCCCCAGGACGUCCUCCUCUGCCACGAAGAGAGAGCGUCCAGCGAAACUCUACUCUGCAGUCACAAAACUCCAACAGACUGAGGCGUAACCCAUCGAAGAAAGCGCCCGUGCUUCCUCCCAGACCUAAUCCUGGACAUUCCCUUUACAACAAAUACACAUUGGAAAUCCCUCACGGCAUUGCCGAGUAUGACUACAAUGGCAUGCACACUGGAGAGCUCUCCUUUCAGAAAAAUGAAGUGCUGGUUCUGCUAAACCAAACAAACAGCCGAACGUUUGAAUGCCAAGUAGGAGACGUGAAAGGAACAGUGCAGACAUCUUACAUGAAGGUCAUCACACCGCUGUCCAACUACUCUCACCAUGACCCAAAUCAAGGGCCACAGGAGAGCGCUUCACGUCAGACGUUCGCCAGUUCAGCAGAAAACGGCAUUCUGCAGGUUCAAGCACUUUAUGACUUCACGCCAGAGGGUCCUGGAGAACUCGGGCUGAAAGCUGGCGACAUCAUUAAUAACGUAGAGCAGCUAGACAGCGAGUGGUACUUGGGAACAUCCAGAGGAUUUACAGGCUUCUUCCCCAUUAACUACGUCAAAACACUGCCCAGACAGCCUGCAGCUGCACAUGUACCUGUGUCUUCACCUAGACCUGUGCCUGCUACGCCUCAGAAAAUCAGUGACUCAGUGUGUAGCGGCCCCCGGUGUGUGGCGAGGUUCGACUUCGAGGGCGAGCACAGCGAUGAGCUCUCAUUUACCGACGGUCAAGUGAUCCAACUCCUGGAGUACCUGGGAGAGGAAUGGGCUCGAGGCCAGAUAGGCAGCCAUGUUGGAAUUUUCCCGCUUAACUUUGUGGAUAUAACAGAGGAUCUUCCACCUUCACCUGCAAAAAAACAGAACAGGAUUCCACUGCCUGGCAUGGCUGCUUCAAACAACAUGCAGGCUGCAGCUUCGCCACAUACUCAGGCGUGUGGAGUGGAGCGUGUCAAGGCUCUGUAUGACUUCACGGCGCAGACGGACGGGGAUCUGUCAUUCCUGAGAGGUGACGUGAUCGAAGUGAUAGAACACAUCGAUGAGGAAUGGAGUCAUGGAAGACUGAAUGGCAGAGAAGGGUUAUUCCCUACAUCAUUCACAGAGACACACACAGGUGGUAACUCACGCCGUUGACCUCUGGAGCAGGCGAAGGAAAAACAUGGGCGAGCAAAAACAACUUAGAAAAUGUUAUUUUAUUUACUAUUAUGUGCAUGAAAUGCCGGAUCCUUCUUUUGGUGAAACAGAGCUGCUUUUCUGUGUGCGUGUGUGUGGGUGUGACUUUCAUAAAUGUGAUUAUUUAUCCAUUUGCAUUAUAAUUUUUUCGGUUUACAAAAAAAAAAAAAGAUUUGGAGCAACCGAAAUGUUUCGGGCAACUGAUUCAUUUGUGAUGAAUAACUUGUGCAGUUUACAGUUGAGAUUUUUGGUUGGAUAUAGAAAAGAUUUUAUUGAAAUGAACAUAAACUAUGUUCUUUACAGUAUUCAUUCCUGGACUUUGGUCCUACAUGUAGUACAUGUGUUUUGCCUACACAAGCAAAAAUAUAGAAUGUAACAAAAAUGAAUAACCAACAUUUAUAUUGCUUCCUCGGUUCCUCCUACUUUUUAUACUGUAUAUAAAAGAAAUUAAUAAAAGAAAUGUGAAGCAUUAUUCAUUAACUCAA